CUUGCUUCUUCAAAACGACAAUGACGCUGUUGUCGUUCUCCAUGGUUAAGCCUAUCAGAUGACUGAACGAUGAAGGUACUGGCCGUGGGUUGCGGCGAUUCAAAAACCGAUGCUUUGAAAACAGCUACUAGCUCAUGUUAGAACACUGUACCUGCUUGAUUUCUUCUUUCCGAGUACGACGCUAGGGCUUUUCCUCUCUUUGAUUAGCGAUAAUUUUGUCAGCAUUGCCACGAUACACAAAUAUAGAGCGAUGAGCAAAUUUUUUACAGUCUUGUCUCUGUUGUGGCAUACAAUACAUGGUAUAUUAUGAUACACGAAGUGGGCGGCUCCCUCGUCGUCCCUGGAAAAAACGCGGUCGAAGGGAGGCCACUCUAAAUACUUAGCCUAACAAAAUGGCGGCGCCCAAUACCAAAUAUGGCUUGUUUAUACCCAAGAAGACCGGCAGAGGUGCAAUGCUGACACAAGCAACAAAAAGAAAUGUGUUUGGAGAUGACAGUGAUGAGGAAUCUAGUAAUAUACCUAAAUCAGGUACUUCGAAGAAAGUGACCACUGAUUUGGCAAAAGUUAAAAAACAGACACAGCUAGAAAUAGACAAAGCCAUCCUGCAGGACCCCACAGUAUAUGAAUAUGAUGCUGUGUAUGAUAACAUCCAGGCAGAAAAAAUUAAGUCAGAUGUGAAGGAAAAAAAUAAACAGGAUCGAAAGCCCAAAUAUCACAGUUUGCUGAAGAUGGCAGAAGUUAGAAAGAGGGAGGAGGAGAGACGGACAGAGAGAAAGGUUCAGAAGGAGAGAGAAGAAGAGGGGAACCAGUUUGCAGAUAAAGAAGCUUUUGUUACCUCAGCUUAUAAGAAGAAGAUGCUAGAACAAGAAGAAGCAGAAGAGAAGGAAAAAAAAGAGGCUGCAUUAGAAGCCAUGCUCGAUGUGACCAAGCAGAAAGACCUGAGUGGCUUUUACCGCUAUUUGUACAGGGAGACAACUGGAAAAGAAACAACAACUGAAAAACAUGACGAAUUUAAGGUGAAGCUGGAACCAAAAUCUGAUAGAGAAAGUGAUGACAGUACUGAUUCUUCAGUUCAAAGGAAACAAUUAAAAAAAUCAAGCCAUGGGAGAGACAGAGAGCAGACAGAGAACAAGACAGAGAGCAAAAGAAGGAGAGAGAGAAGAAGGACAGAGAAAAAUACAUCAGGGAUGACAGGAGCAGAUGUAGGAGAUCAAGGUCAAGAUCUCCUGCUCAAAGGGGCUCAAAAUCAGACAGAUCAACUUAUGAAUCAAAAUCAAAUAAGAGUGAACAAGUCCCAAAGUAGGAGAAGAUCAAAAUCCAGAUCACCCCAGAAAAGUAGACAUGCAAGAGAUAAACAUCGAUCACGCUCUCAAGAUAGAAGGCAAAGGAGUUCAAAGUCUCCAGAUGGCAGACAAAAGUCAAAGGACAGAAAGUCAAGAAGAUCACAUUCAAGAGAGAAUGAGAAAGAAAAGGCUAGCAAAGAGGAAAAGAAGAAAACCACAUCCACGGCAAAAUUGACUCGUGAAGAUCCAGACACUGAUGGCGAAUCAGACAGGCCAACAGAUUUCUCAUCAUCUAAAGACAAGCUUGUUCAAACUAAGUCACCCCCAGAAGAUCUUGACAGAGAUGACUCUUUGUCCGAAAGUGAUUCUUCGGAAGAAGAAGUGGGUGUGCAGGAGGAGACAACAAGCAUGUCAGGAAGAAAGCAGCCUUUUAGUGCAAAAGAUGGAGAUGGACAGAAGGCUCAAACGGAGAAAACAGGUGAAAGCAAGGUAGAGAAAAGCCAGCUCAAAUAUGCACGACACACGUCAGAUGAGGGUGUUUCAGAUGCUCGAAAGCGAUUCUUGGCCAGGAAGUUAGCCAAAGAAAGAGCUACCGCUGUAGAUGCUGAGUAGUGUGUCUUAGUCCAGUCGCUUGUUGGCUAUAGCGCUUAUGGUGUCAGGUGAGAACUAGCAGCAUGUUCUAGAAGAGAUGUGUAAUUCCUGUAUUUGAGUUUUAUGUUAUGUUUAUUUGGGUGUAAAAUGCCUUAACAGUUGGUGAAUGCAAAAUGAAUUGAAUUUCAGAAGAGCACUUUUAAUAUCAAGCAGCACUUCAGUGUGGAUAAAGCAACUAGGGUGUGUGUGCAUGUGCACACCUUGAUGGAAUACAUAUACAUGUUUCCUGUAUUCCACAGGUAAUUUUCUUUGAUGCAGACUUUCACUUACCUGUAGUGUGUGUGUAUUCAUCCACAUACACCACUUUUCAUACAUCCCCUCAAAAUUUUGUUUUCCAAAGAGUAUGCAGAUGAUCUGAAAUGUAAUAUUCACCUCCUCUAAAGUUAAUUUGUGAUUUUAAGCUUGUGUGUGAGGAGAGUGUUAUAUAGACUUUUGGUUACAGACAUUUGUGAUCUAGGCUGUAUUAAUCAGAAAAAUUGCAAAUGAAUUCUGAGAAAUUUGAAAGACUCUUUGCUGUUUGAAAUCGAAUAUGUUUAUCACUGCCUUCUAGGUUUCAUUACUAAAUUGGUCACUGAAGUACCAGGUGGAAAAUUAAGUCCAAGGGACUUUGCAGGUGUAGCUGGAGCUUAAACCCUCAUGGUAUUUAGCAUGGGAGUGCAUGUCUGUUUCUGUGAUAAAUUGUUUAUGGCAAUCACUGCAUCUUUUGGUAA